UACAGUACGGCUGCUCGCAGCUUGGUUGCAGCGUCUCACUUUGUUUUUAUUCUCAUUCACUUUUUUUUUUACUGGACCACAGAAAGGCUUUGAAGCAAGACGAUUCGGCUGCAAACUUCAAGCUACAUCUCGUGCCGUGGUGUUGUUGUCUCCCCCUGCAGCCCCCACCCCCAACUCAAACCCAAAGUCUGAGUGUGUGGCUGUGUUUAGGUCAGGGUGCAGGGCAGGUUGCUGGGGUGAGUGGGGUACAGGGGCAGAUGGCCCUCAGUGUGUAGCCACAGGGAGGGACCACUGGGCCACCAUUCGCGUGUGUGGAAAAGGGCAAAGGAGAGCAAAAGAGGCUGUGGCCCCGGCCGGCAGACAUGGGAUGCUGUAGCGUGACUCCAAAGGCUGGAGGAAUUGACGAGGUGGGCCCGGACGAGAUUGAACUCCUGGAUGUUGAAGCGACAGGGGUUUGGACUCUGGGGGAGAGGCUACAGGUUUCCAGGCCUGAGACCAGUGAACCUCCUCACCGCUGUCCAUCUGUGCUCCAGUUCAAAGAGGAGGUCCCAGAUCCCAUCUCUUCAAAUGAGUUCAUGCAGAAAAGAAACUCACAAGUUUUACUCUGGGGGUGGACAAAAGAUGAGCUUCACCAGAGACUCUACACUCAUCCGGUUAGAGACUGGGAGGGCCGACCACUGCACACUUACGGAGACAUCAUACACUCUUCACUUGUGUCUUUACACAAUGGCUACACAAAGGUGAUGAGCGAAAGAUAUCUAGUCCUGUUUUCUUUUCAUUUAUUAAUCCUCGCUCUGGACAACUCAAACCAGGACUUCAUCUACGAGGGCAUUCUUCCUCUGUCAGCAAUUGAGGUGCGAGUAAUUUCACAACAGGACUCUAGUGCGUCACACAUGUUUGAGAUUAGUGGGCCCAUGGUGGACUCCAAGAUUUUCAUCUGUGCCAAUGCUGCUGACAGAAAGUGCUGGAUUGAGAGUAUAGAGGACAGAAGAUACAAAUCCCUCAGACAGCAGCUCAGUCCCUCUCACAGCGCCCUGUCCUACCUGCUGCCAUGUGAUGAGAACUGGAAGAAGGAAGAACUGAAGAGGUACUUGUUGAGGUCCCCUAUCUGGCAGUGGGAGGGAACGCCUAUUCACCACAUGGGCCAGCCUGUUUACCUGUCACUGGUGCACAUCAGCAACAUGCAGACACAUGCAUCCCAGGAGCGCCUCCUUGUACUCUUUCCUUUGGACCUCCUCAUCCUGUCUGUGGACACUCAGCGGGUUCAUGUAAAGUAUGAGGGGCGUCUGCCAAGGAAGGGUAUCCGAGCUUUGGAGAAAUCCGCCCUGCCUGGGAGACUACAGUUUGAACUCACAGGGGAUUUAAUGGAACCUUUGAAGAUCUCCUGCACUUACCCAGAGGAUUAUCAGAACUGGAUCUUCCAGUUACAGCAGCCUGAAAAGUUGCCUCACACCAUUUCCAACCACACGCCUCCACCUCUCAUACCGAAGAAACGCAGGAGCUGAAGACGAGCAGCUGAAGACUUGGAAAGAAAAAAGGAAUCUACAGAUGAAAGAACAACAUGAUACUGCUGAGCAGUUUUACUGUAUUUUACAGUGUGUGCGUUUACAUGCAAUCAAACAUCCAUUUAUCAGAUUACUGCAGUUAUCUGAUUAUUCAAGUAUUCAUGUAAUUAGUACUCCGAUUUCUUAGAUCGAUUUCUAAAAAUCUGAUUGAGAAAUCUGGAUCUGGAAGAGAGCUGGAUGGAUUUUAGCUCCUUAAUGGAAUUUCUCUGUGCGUGUAAACUUUAAACAGGAGAAUUCUGGGAUUCCUCAGUCUGCGCAUGUGUGAAAUCAGACUGUGGUGCUGUAAAUAAGUGAGUAGUGUUGAACACAGCAUCCACAAGAUGGCAGUGCUGAAACUGAAGGAUUUAAAUGAACCUCAUCUUCUAACUGAUUCCAGUAUUUUCAUAUUGCAAUUUGCAGCUCAGUGUGUUUUUAAAAAGAGUGAGUUUACAUGAUAGUUGUGUCACAUUUUAAGGCCUUUUUACACCUGAUUUGGGUGUGAUUUAUUUGGCCAAAAAAAAAAUAAAACAUCAAGCACUUGAAUCAAAGCCAUAUCAAGGUUGAAUCAUAUUAGAUUAUGUUUUGGUCAAUGUUGUUGUUGCAACGUUGUUUCAAUGUCCUACUUUUCAAGAUUGAACUAUAGAUUACGUUCCCUUUUCAUUCUAUGUUGGACAUGCUUAAAAAGAUAUUGUUCUUUGAGGGUUAAUAAAGGCAACGGUUCCAUAUAAUACAGUCAACACUUAAAAAAAGGGGCCAAACCUGGAUAUUAAAGGAGAACUCUGGUGUAAAAUGGACUUUUGGUGUAGUAAAACAUGUAGUAGCUCACCUCCUCUCUCCUACAGCUUUCUGAGAUACAGUAAUUUUGUGCUUUUUACCCAGCACUCUGUACAACGGCCGUAUCGGGGCAUAUUUUGCCCCAAUAAAUCGUUUUUUUAUACCGCUCUCCAGACUUAAAGUAGCUCCACACCUUUUUGAUAGAAUCCGGAGAGCCCUGACAUUUAAAACGAGGCAUUAAUAACAUAAAACAUGCACAAGAAGCUUAUUAAAAACCACUGGGCUCUCCUUUUCUACCAAAAUAUGCCCGAUGUGGCCGUUGUACAGAAUCCUGGGCAAAAAGCACAAAAUUACUGGAUCUCAGAAAGCUGCGGGAGAGCGGAGGUGUGUUGUUUGUCAAGGAGCAUCAUGCAUCAUAGUCUGUUCAUGUUCCACAAAGCUUUCUGAACUAUAUCUUCCCUUGCUAAUAUGCAGUCGUGGAGCAGGGACAUCAAAUAGAGCAGAGAAAAAAGAGAGCAGAAAGCAAACACUGAUCAGAGAAACAGAAAGAAUGGUGAUUUAUUAAAGAUGUGGAAUAUCUAGCCCUGUUUACAGAGCACAAAAGGUGAAAAUCGUGUCAGUUAAAAGGUUCCACCCUGUUAUAAGUGUAUUUCCAAAAAGAAUUGUGCUUGGUGUGAAAGAGCCUUUAUUCUGUAAGAUUAUUCCUGGUUGUAAAGCAAAAAGUUUUCCCAUUAUCUGAUUAUCCAAGUUCAAGUAAACUUGUUGGUUAGAUUGUAGACAAACUCAUCAGUGUUCUGCAGUAAUUGGAUUAUGUAGAUUAUAAGUGCUUAUAAAUGCACUCAGUGAACAUGAUGUUACUGAAAAAGCUCUUUUACAGUCUUUUUACAGUGAGUGUAUUCUGAUUGCCAUGAUGUCUGUUUACAGUUUCUUGCCAAUGAAUAUACAUAUCUUCAUUUGUACAUAAAAAAACCUUUUGUUUUAAGCUGCAGUUAAACUUCUAAAUGUGAUGUAUAGAUUUGAGUAGGAUGUGCAAUUAGUGAAGUGAUGUUUACUGAAGAAAAUGCAUGUACAUGUUUUCUACGAAGCGGUGUUUUCUCAUGCAAGUACAUAAUGCUUCUCUGAGAUGUAAUAAAUUACUUUAAUUAGAAGUGCA